CUUCUUCAUCUUAAAACAAAAGAACAAAAAAAUAAAAUAAAAUGAAGUUUUAAUGGAGGAUAGAAAAGUUAACACAAUCGCUGUUAUAUCAGUGAUUGCACUGAUCAUUGUCAUCAUAGCUGCUCGUGUCUCGUUGAAGCUCUCAAGGGCUUUCUUCCUUAUUUGUGGUGCUGCUAUUGCUGUGAUCCUCGCUGUUUUUUCUUGUCUAUUCAUAAGACAACGUUACAACCGCAGAAGGCGGUUGUUGGAGUCGCAGUUGAGGUCAGAAGGGAGAGAGCUUCGAAUAGAGUACAGUUUCUUAAGGAAAAUUGCCGGUGUUCCAACCAAAUUUCGGUACAAGGAGCUUGAAGAAGCAACGGAUGGUUUUCAAGCACUUCUGGGAAGAGGGUCUUCUGCUUCGGUUUUCAAAGGCAUUCUCAAUGAUGGUACUUCAGUAGCUGUGAAACGAAUCGAUGGAGAGGAACGUGGAGAGAGGGAGUUCAGAUCAGAAGUUGCAGCCAUUGCUAGUGUGCAACAUGUGAACCUUGUACGCUUAUUUGGGUACUGUAAUGCUCCUACGGCUCCUAGGUACCUUGUUUAUGAGUAUAUUCCAAAUGGGUCUUUGGAUUGUUGGAUCUUUCCCGCAAGGGAAACACAUGCACGUCGUGGUGGAUGUUUGACAUGGUACUUGAGGUAUAGAGUUGCCAUUGAUGUUGCUAAAGGAUUGUCUUAUCUUCACCAUGAUUGUAGGUCAAGGGUUUUACACCUUGAUGUGAAGCCAGAGAAUAUUCUUCUUGAUGAGGAUUAUAAAGCUCUUGUUUCAGAUUUUGGUCUCUCGACGCUUGUUGGCAAGGAUGUAAGCCAAGUUAUGACAACAAUAAGGGGAACAAGAGGGUAUUUGGCCCCUGAAUGGCUAUUGGAAAGGGGGGUUUCAGAGAAAACUGACAUAUAUAGUUAUGGGAUGGUUUUAUUGGAGAUAAUUGGAGGGAGAAGAAAUGUUUCCAGGGUGGAAGAUCCGAGGGACAUGACUAAGAAAAAGUGGCAGUUUUUCCCAAAGAUUGUUAAUGAGAAAGUGCGAGAAGGGAAGUUCAUGGAAAUUGUGGACCAUAGGCUAGUGGAGCGUGGGGGUGUUGAUGAGAGUGAGGUUAUUAAAUUGGUGUAUAUUGCCUUGUGGUGCAUACAAGAGAAGCCAAGAUUGAGGCCUAGCAUGGCACAGGUGGUUGAUAUGCUUGAAGGGCGUGUGAGGGUGGAUGAACCCCCAGAUUCCAGAAUGAUUCUUGUUGAUUUAUUGUCUGUGGAUGAAGACCAUGCAGAUCAAAACAAUUUGGUAAGGUUAUUGACCUCUAUGUCAAGCCAUGUGGAUUAUGCAUCUACCUACUCUUUGGAAACCACUAUUUUAUCUGGCAGAUAG